CCUUCCUGUUUUAGUACCGAGAGAGCCACCGUACCGAGACACAUUGGAGCUGGAAUACAGUCACUUAGGACUCGAUUAUGUUUAGAUUUAUGUUUAUUUUAUCAAAGACAAGGUUAUUUAUUUUCCAGCGUGAGGUCUACAGUUAUAUUUAUUAAUGAUGUCACGUCAGUGUUUCGUCUUAUUAGAUAGCUAGAUAGCCACAUAUUUAUUAUUGCGCUGCCAACCGUUGUUCCUUUCCUGUGUCAAUGAUUCUCCUACCCUCACUCUUAUGGCGGAGACUAAAAUAAUAUAUCACAUUGACGAGGAGGAGACUCCUUAUCUAGUGAAAUUAUCCGUUUCUCCCGAGAAAGUCACUUUAGCGGAUUUUAAAAAUGUCCUCAACAAUCGUCCGGUCAAUAGCUACAAAUUCUUCUUCAAAUCCAUGGACCAGGAUUUUGGGGUUGUCAAAGAGGAGAUUUCCGACGACAACGCCAAGUUGCCCUGCUUCAACGGGAGAGUGGUGUCCUGGCUGGUCCUGGCAGAGAGCUCUCACUCUGAUGGGGGGUCCCAGUGUACAGAGAGCCACCCAGAACUGCCACCCCCCCUGGAGAGGACAGGGGGCAUCGGUGAUUCCCGCCCACCCUCCUUCCAUGCCAACGCGGUGAGCAGUCGGGACGGCCUGGACACAGAGACGGGCACAGAGUCCCUCCUGAGCCACCGUAGGGAGAGAGAGAGAGAACGUGCCCGGAGGAGAGCACGAGAGACUGAAAUCCCUCGAAUCAACGGCCACUCUAAGUCGGAGCGCACAGCAAGGGACUCCGCCAUGGGCUACGACAGCGCCUCAGUAAUGAGCAGUGAGCUAGAGUCCAGCUCCUUCGUCGACAGUGAGGAAGAUGAGGACGCUAGCAGGGGGGCUGCCCUGCGGCUGACCCUGUGCUGCUCCCAACCUGCAGUACUUAGCAGCUCCACGGAGCAGAGCUCGUCCUCUCAGCUGAUGCGCAGACACAAACGCCGCAGACGGAGGCACAAAGUGGCCAAAAUAGACAGGUCUUCGUCUUUCAGCAGCAUCACCGAUUCCACAAUGAGUCUCAACAUCAUCACUGUCACACUCAACAUGGAGAAGUAUAACUUCCUGGGUAUCAGUAUCGUGGGGCAGAGUAACGACCGGGGCGACGGGGGGAUCUACAUCGGCUCCAUCAUGAAGGGAGGAGCUGUGGCUGCAGAUGGCAGGAUAGAACCUGGGGACAUGCUCCUACAGGUGAACGAUGUGAACUUUGAGAACAUGAGCAACGAUGACGCUGUGAGGAUCCUGAGAGAGAUUGUCUCCAAAACAGGUCCUAUUAGUCUUACUGUGGCCAAGUGUUGGGACCCGUCUCCGCGAAGCUACUUCACUAUCCCCCGGGGUAAGACACUCACCGAUGUUCCACCAACAACAGCUGAACCAGUGAGGCCCAUCGACCCUGCUGCCUGGAUCUCCCACACCACCGCCUUGACCGGACCGUACCCACACUACGAAUUUGAUGACUUGCCGCUAUCUGCGAGUAAGACGGACAUAUCAACCAUCGUCAAGGUGAUGCAGCUGCCUGACUCUGGUCUGGAGAUCCGGGACAGGAUGUGGUUGAAGAUCACCAUUGGCAACGCUGUCAUCGGUGCUGACGUGGUGGACUGGCUCUACUCCAGGGUGGAGGGUUUCAAGGACAGGAGAGAUGCCAGGAAGUAUGCCAGCAGUCUGCUGAAACAUGGCUAUCUGAGACACACCGUCAACAAGAUCACCUUCUCAGAGCAGUGCUACUACACCUUCGGAGACCUCUGCCAAAACAUGGCGUCUCUCAACCUGAACGAGGGUUCCAGUGGUGGGGGCUCUGAGCAGGACACCCUGGCCCCCCUCCCUCCCCCUGCCACCAACCCGUGGCCCCUGGGGGGUCAGCCAUUCCCCUACCCCCCCUUCCCCUCCGCCCCUGCAGGCUUCCCUCCGGGCUACUCAGACCCCUGCCACAGUUUCCACAGUGGGAGUGCUGGCAGCCACAACAGUGAGGGAAGCAGAAGCAGUGGAUCCAACCCCAGUGUGGGUACUGGGACAGGGAAGGGCCCUAGCCGACGCUCCUCCCCACAAGAGAAGGGUCACAGAUCCACAUGCAGUGAAUCCGAGCCACCGGGCAUCCUAGGGGCGAGGCGCCCUGGCGAUAGGUCCGCCAGCCAGUUGAGUCAUCACAGCAGCCAUGCCCACUCCAGCAACAGCCACGCCCGCUCGGGUUUCAGCCAUGCCCAGUCUCACAGGAGCCACUGUCACUCACAGAACAGCCAUGCCCACAGCCACGCCUCCUUCACCUACAAAUACGCCCCUUUCACCCAGCCUGGGCUUGGCUCAUGUGGCCACAGUGAGCGAAGCCACGCCUCCUCCUACGGCCCCCCCGGCCUGCCCCCCCCAUACUGCCUGGCCCGGCUGGCCCCUAAGACCUCCGUCAGCAGCAGCACCCCUCCCGGGGCCCCCCCGGUACGGGAGCUAGGAGCUGUCCCCCCUGAGCUCACGGCCAGCCGCCAGUCCUUUCAGCACGCUAUGGGCAAUCCCUGUGAGUUCUUUGUUGACAUCAUGUGACAGACAGGACAGUGCCUUUUAAAAACUCGCUGAGCACAAACAACUCCCCUGUCCAACUGCCUGAUGCCUGUCUGUCCCAACUCUCCUUUUCUUCUUUACCUCUCUGCUACUGACUAUCCCUGAGUUGAGAAUGUAAACGCUGGUCCUCUCCCUCCCUCUGAUGUCAGAGCAGGGGAAGACAGCAGACUAGAGCACAACAGAACAGAUGAGAGUCCUGCUAUCACACAAACAUACAGAGCCUCAGUGUCUGAUCUGAACCCCUGCCAGCUCCUUUGUAUUGACGUGACGUGUACAGUUUGUAAAAUCGAUGUGAGUGGUGUUCAAUAUGGUGAUCCUUGUGAGCUGCCACACAGACAGUCCAGUCCUGAGAGCGUGAACUUACUCUAUGUGGAGUACGACUACCUGCUGUUUGUAGAACCAGACAUCCAGGCCAACUGACUGGGUCUGGAUCUCAAUCCCCCAGACCCACCCAGAGCUCUGGAAGAGGAAAGCCCCCCGGAGGCUCUGGAUUCUCAGCCAGCCUCCUAGCAUGUCACCCUUUACACAAACUUCCACUGUUUAGCCCAUAAUACCAAAACUCAUGCUCUAAUUGACUGACCUGCUAUCUUAUCCUGUAUGCAGCUGGUCCCCCUACAUAAUAUUUCAUGGUCUCCCUGCAUACCGGAUAAGAUAGCAUAUCAGUAAUCUAACUAGUCAAAGCUAGCCUCAGCCCAUUUGACAGCCCUUAUAUUUGUCCAACUUCAGAAGGGAGACACUGUAGCCAGUUGUUAGUUUCAAUUUUGGGGUAGUGCCUCUUGCCAAUGGUCUAAAGGGAGAAUCCAUACACUGGAGAAUUUUAGUGCUAUUAAUGUGAUCAUGAUGUUGCGGUCAGUGUCAUACCUCUCUCUAUGAUCACAUAGACAAUCACACAUUGGUUCCCUUUCUGUGACUCAGUGGCCAGGUUAUGGCUACUGUCCUAGCUGUGCUUUGUCCAAUGUCUCAUUAAUAAUGCAGUCAGUUGACCCGUGACCUCCACGACAGACAUCUGUUUGAGGUCUACUACCUGAAACAGAACUAAGCUGAUCAUCAUCAGUUAAAGACAACAUGGUCGCUUAAAGUGGAUGGAUGUCCCCCUCCAGUCAUCAGUGUUGACUGAAACAGAGAUAACCAAAGCUUCACACAGUGAGGUGUGUAGUUCUGUACAGUGUAGGUAUUGUUCUGUGAUAUCACCAGAUGAUUUCUGAUGAAAAAUUAUUCUUGUGAAACAAAUGAAUAAAGCUGUGUUUGAGUCUACCGACAACACAGAAAUGGUGUGGUGCAUAAGACCUUUCUAUCACGGCACUCUCCUAAUUAUUUGAGCACUUUUUAAUUGUCUCGCUCUCUCUCUGACCCUUUAGUAUGAAACACUGUUUGCAAUCAAAGCUUCGUCCGUCGUUUUGUUUCUUUAAAAAAAGAGGAAUAAAUUGUACAUAGAAAUGUAUUAUAUAUAAGAAUAAAAAAGUAUAUAUGUACAAAGA